UUAUGAGUGAUGAACAAAAAUGCAGUGGAUUUAAUGCAUAUUUAAAUGAAUAAUUAUUCUAAUCAGCUCAUAAAAAAAAGAGUCUUGAAUAAUAAGAAAAAAUAAUUCAAUAAUGGAAUAAAUUAUCUUCAGAUGAAAAGAAAGAAUUUUAAGAAAAGGAAGAAGAAAUUAGAGAACAUAUUUAAAAAGAGAAGAAGGAAAAAGAAAAAGAAAAGGAAAAAUAAGAUAAAUCAAAAAAAUCACAUAAAAGUCAUCAUAAUUAACAUGAAAAGAAUCAUGAUGAUAUGGAAGAUGUUUAGAAAAGUGUUUAAAAUAUGAAAAUAAAUGAAGAAAAACAACAUAAUAAAAAGAAAACUCAUGAUAUGAAGAGUGAUUAACAUGAAGCUAAAGAAGAAUGUGAAGAUGAUGAAUAAGAAGAAGGUCAUAAAAAUAAAAGUGGACAUCAUUCUAAAUAGGGUAAAUAAAAAAUGUCAGAAAAAGAGGAUUAAGAGGAUGAUGAAGAACAUUAAGAUAAAGUUAAUGAAGGUGGAGAACAUAAAACAAAUAAGAAAUAAUAUAAAUCUAGGUCAAGCAGAUCCGGAUGUAGAUCUGGUUAAAGAUCAGGUUAAAGAUCUGGAUGUGGAAAAAGAAAAAUGUGA